CAUUGAGGUUCACAACCACGAAAUCUAUCACUUCUUUGUCCUUCCAUUGCUUCAAAUUGCAAUCACCAUUACCGCGCAUUUAUCCCGCGACCAUUUCAAUCCCUCCCACUCCCCAAUCUCAAAGGUAACAGACGUUAGUGAAGCAAAGCUCAUCCAGCGAUGGAAAAAAUCCCCAGCUCCGAACGACGCGCGAUCUUUCUAGCGUGUCGCGCGAUCUUCAGCGGCACGAACGCCAACAUCCGCAAGACGAAGACGAUCCGGGCGCAUCUAGAAAGCCACCAAAGCUCACUGCAAGCUCUCAUUCCCAACUACAACAUCUGGCGGGCCCUGCCUCUGGUCAAAUAUUUCUUGGAACAGGGCCUGUUUCAGUCAAGCAGUAAGGCCCAGUUGCAGUUUCCCGGUCUCCUUGAGCCGUGUUCCGUGCGGCAGACGCAGCAUGCGGCCCUUGAAAAAGAAGCAUCGCACUCCAAUGCACAGGCUCUCCAGGAGGUGGCGGAGACGUACGAGGCACAGCAGCGUAAAGAGGAAGACGAGGAUGAGAAAGGGAAAGGCGGUUUGGGCCUCCCAUCAGAGCCUCCCAUGGCCUCGAUACCAAUCGCCGUCAAUUCCGUUGAAGUCAGACAACAAGAGUUGGGAAACGAAUCAGAUCAGAGCCUAUCGCCCGAGCGACCGCCAGCCCCGCUCUUCCCGCUGUAUCUACCCUACCACGCCCAGCAUCAAAUUCUAACCACCGUGCAACAAGUCCUGGAGGAAUGCAUCUUCGACUUCUGUCAACGAUGUGUACCAGACGAGCUCACAAUCCGGGGCUGGGACUGCGCCGCGGCGGUCGAACUCAGCAAGUGGACGCGGCUGCUCGGCCAAUGGUCAUCCCGACUACCCGACGGCACGCUCCGUCCGACGGAUCUCGAGCUGGAGACGAUGCUUGCGACCAUAGUCAAGAUCCGGCACACCGCGGUACAUCGCCUCCCCACGACGGCACAGGGGGUCUGUGACCUCGUGGCUGUCGCAGGGAAACUGGCCACGACGAUCGGCGACGCGCUGCGCACCGCGCAGCUGGACGAUCUGCACCGCGACCUGCAAGAGAAGAUUACGAUCCUGGAGUCUAAUAAGAGUCUGCUGGAAGCGAAUCUGGCCUGCCAGUUGGACAGCAUACAGGCGGAGCGGGAUCGGCUGGAUCUGGAGGAGAAGGCGAUCCGAGCGAAGACGAUCCAGGAUGAUGGCGAGAACAAGCGUAUGGUCGGGCUGUUGGUGCAACGAUCUGUCGAUCAGAUAUUUAAGGUCUGUGCAAAUGGGUCCGGCCCGGGGGCUGAGGGGUUUUCCUCUUCGGGUUCCGUAGCGGCUGGGAAUGGACGCUUUUCUGAAGUGGGGUUGAGCUGGCUGCGAGGUAAGAUCGGAGGAGAAGGCUUAGGGCUGUGGCACCGAGUGGUUGUUGUUGUAUGUUGCUUUUUACUGUUCGCGUCGGGAUUUUGGUAUCGGUUUUUCAUGGACUGGACCGUUCGUAGGCCUGGAUAAGAGGUGAAUUGAUUGGUAGUGGAGAGUCAUGGUCUAUGGGAGAAAGUUAGCUACUGUGAUAGACUUCGGGCGUGAAAGUGGAUUGGGAGUAUGAACAU